GAAGCUCCGUUACGAGUGGCUUAUUAGGAUAACCGAAAACAAAAGAUUUAGUGGUUUCAUUAUUGUUUUUAUUUUAUUUUCUUCCUGAAAAUGUGCAAGAACAGCUCAUCUGGGUGGCCUGUGGUUUGUUUGGGAGGGGGUGGGGAAAUCCGUUCUGACUAUAAUUUAGAUGAGAACGAAUUCUUAAAAUAGAGAUGUUGAUGUUGCAGAACCCCCCCCCACUACACCCACCCUGCGUUCUAAAGACCCAAAGCGUGAAUAUAGGACGUUGGCCACCACUGCAGCUCCUCCAGCGACCAGGCCCAACGGGUUCCAGAGGAAACUGUCACUGAAUUGAAAGUAGUGUUGAACCCCGUGGAAAUCUGCACUUGUGGGCACUUGCAAAACAACGGACCCCACGUGAUCUGGGGAUGUGGCGGAGAAAGGAGGCUGGCAUCUCCUACCAGGUACAGCAGAGGAGGGGACGCCAGUGCCGCUCUCCUGGCUUUCGGGAGGCAGCCCGUUUUGCUGUCGCUGAGGCUCCGGGGAAAGUUUGGCUGCCUCUAAAGGAGACGUCGUAGCCAUCCAUCUUAUUUUGUUUGAAAAGUCACUUGUUCAAGUUGUCACUAUGUGGAAGCUCAGAAUAAAACUAAUUUGCGGACGCCCCUCCUCCUAACUUCCCGGAGCAUCUCCUGCGAGGCAGCGGGGCCGACGCGGUGCUGAGUUGGGCCAGGACUCACGGCCAACGCGUCAGGGCAUAGGCUCGGCAAAGAUGGGGACUUUGCCGAGGACCCAGACUCUUGGGAUGAGAGCAGAACAAGGUAAAGAGGACGAAAGCUAGGGGGCCGUGAGCGCGUCCGGUUGUCCACCGGGAGGUGGGCUUUGCAUCCCACCAAAUCUCAGGGCAACUCUCCCCCUUCAAGUCUCAGCCCCCAACUCCCCCAACUCCGUGAGAGCUCCAGAAAAUCUCCUUUGACUAACUCCGCUCUCUUGGUGGCGGGUCGGAGCUGAAGUCAGACGAGAGUCAGAGCUCACCGAAGCUACUACUCCGCCUAUACGCAGCAGGGAAAGACGCGCCAUACCCGGAUCAGCCCACGCGGCCGCAGCAAACACUUUGGCGUGGCCGGGGCGUGGCCUAGAGAUGUGGCCACGCCCCACAUUUCCCAAGGCCCCUGCACUCCCCACUCCCAUUGGUCACGGGGUUGGCCAAUGAGCGCUCAGAUCAAGGCCCUUCCCAGGGCCUGACUCGAAAGCUCCUGCCAAAAACUUUGGGAGUUUUUAGAGAGGAGUUUUUUUUUUUUUUUUUUUUUUUUUUACCCUCGUAUUACUUUUUUUUUUUUAACUAACGGAUUAUUAUUGUUGUUGUUUUAAAUUUAGCUCUAGGACUUAGCUGUUUGGUUUUUUUCUUUCGGUGUGCAGCUCCUGUCCCUCUAGCUUCCCAGGCGUGUGCGGAGCCGCGGCCCCCGCCCGCCCAGCCUCCCCAGCGCCCCUCGCUCGCCUCCAGCCCACGGAGAGCGCGGGCGCCCCGCCGCCUUUAAAAUGCGGGCGAAGAAGCGAAAGCGGAUCAAUCUCGGCUGGGGCCGCCUCCUCCUGGGCUCAGCACGUCCUCCCGGCGCACCAGCCCACCCGAUCCGGCCAGACCCGGGCAGCCGUGGGGCUCACCCCGCCAGGAUGUUCGCAGCCGGUCUGGCUCCCUUUUACGCCUCCAACUUCAGCCUCUGGUCGGCCGCUUACUGCUCUUCGGCCGGCCAAGGCGGCUGCUCCUUCCCCUUGGACCCCGCCGCGGUCAAGAAGCCCUCCUUCUGCAUUGCAGACAUCCUGCACGCCGGCGUAGGGGACCCGGGGGCGGCUCCGGAGGGCCUGGCGGGGGCCUCAGCCGCCGCCCUCACAGCGCACUUGGGCUCGGUUCACCCGCACGCCUCUUUCCAAGGUGCCGCCAGAUCCCCGCUUCGACCCACCCCAGUGGUGGCGCCCUCCGAAGUCCCGGCUGGCUUCCCGCAGCGACUGUCUCCGCUCUCGGCCGCCUACCACCACCAUCACCCACAGCAACAACAGCAGCAGCAACAGCCGCUGCAGCAACAGCCCCCUCAGCCACAGCCUCCUCCUCCACCCCGGGCCGGCGCCCUGCAGCCCCCAACCUUGGGGACGCGAGUGGUCCCGAACCCUCACCAUAGCAGCUCGGCCCCGGCCCCUUCCAGCAAAGACCUCAAAUUCGGAAUUGACCGCAUUUUAUCUGCAGAAUUUGACCCGAAAGUCAAGGAAGGCAACACGCUGAGAGAUCUCACAUCCCUGCUAACCGGUGGGCGGCCCUCUGGGGUGCACCUUCCCGGCCUGCAGCCCACGGCUGGCCAGUUCUUUGCCUCUCUAGAUCCCAUUAACGAGGCUUCUGCCAUCCUGAGUCCAUUAAGCUCGAAUCCGAGAAACUCAGUUCAGCAUCAGUUCCAGGACACAUUUCCAGGUCCCUAUGCUGUGCUCACUAAGGACACCAUGCCGCAAACUUACAAGAGGAAGCGCUCAUGGUCACGUGCUGUCUUCUCCAACCUGCAGAGGAAAGGCCUUGAGAAGAGGUUUGAAAUUCAGAAGUACGUGACCAAGCCAGAUCGAAAGCAGCUGGCAGCGAUGCUGGGCCUUACGGAUGCACAGGUUAAGGUGUGGUUCCAGAACCGGCGGAUGAAGUGGCGGCACUCCAAAGAGGCCCAGGCCCAGAAGGACAAGGACAAGGAAGCCGGUGAGAAGCCUUCAGGAGGAGCCCCAGCUGCAGAUGGCGAACAGGACGAGCGGAGCCCCAGCCGCUCCGAAGGCGAGGCUGAGAGUGAGAGCAGCGACUCUGAGUCACUGGACAUGGCUUCUAGCGACACCGAGAGGACUGAGGGGGCUGAGCGGUCUCUGAACCAAACAACAGUUAUCAAGGCCUCUGCAACUGGUGUCCUUGUCACUGCUGGUUGUGGUGGGAGUGGUGGGAGCAGUGCUGGCUCCAGUGGCACCAGUUUUAGCUUUAGCAACGUCGGCAAUAUCUGUAGCAGCGGCGGCAGCGGCAGCAGCAGCGGCAGCGCAGCGGGGAGCGCCAGCAGCCUCGGCAGCAGCAGCAGCGGCGCCUCAGAGCUGCUCCCCGCACCCCAGCCCACAGUCAGCAGUGCUCCCAUGAGCCCUGAGCCUGGCCUAGCCCCGCUUGGCGGUUUAUAGACCCGACUAGGGUGGAGGAGACCCAGGCCCUGCAUGCAGCCUCCUGUUCACAGGUGGAUUUGUGCCUACUUUAUUUUGGCAAGUGGGCUAGAGCUGGGGAUGCAGCGGGGAAACAUCUUUCCUAACAUUCACAUUUUGCCCUUCUCUCCUUGAUGCCUUUGCUGGCUGUGGCCCACAUGGUUUUAGUUCUGAGGAGAGGCCAAUCUGUGUCCCCUUGCCAAAGGUUACCAUUGCCAGUCAGAACACUUUUCCUUGGACACAAGCAGCUCAGAACUGUGAAGUGUUAGGUGAAACUGUACCUCCCCACACGGGGGUUGUGGCUCAAAGAUGUGCUGCACUUUUGUAAAUAAAAUGUUUAUUAUGGUUUGUAAAGGCCGCUUGGCUUUUU